AUGACCGACGCGGAGCAGUACGUGUCAGCGAGCGCCGGGCAGCGCCAGUUCGCAGCCCAGGUGCUGGACGAGCUCUGCUCCAGCCUGGACUGGUCCCACCGGCUGGAGCGUCCAGAGUCCAGCAGCCUCCCUGUGCUGGACGUGGGCUGCGGCCCUGGAGACACCACGGUGCUGGAGCUGCUGCCACGCCUGCCCUUCGGCGUCCGCGUCGUCGCCGCGGACGCCUCCCUUGACAUGCUGCACGAAGCCACUUCGAGGUUCCCCGAGUCCACAGUCGACUUCCAGCUUCUCGACAUCGGCACGCCGUACCUCCGGGAGUCCGAGGUGUGGCGACUGGGGCCCUAUUCCAAGGUCUUCUCAUUCUUCUGCCUGCACUGGGUGCCAGAUCAGAGGACUGCGCUGUCCAACAUUUGCGACCUGCUUGCCCCUGGAGGUGACGCCGUGCUGGUCAUGGUCGGCCGUUGCCCGAUCUUCGACGCGUACGAGCAGUUCUCCAAGAUGCCGCAGUGGGCAGAAUACAUGCAGGACUACAAGAAUUUCGUGUCGCCGUACCAUCUCCAGCUCGACCGCGUGCAGCACCUGAGGAGCUUGCUGGUUGAGAGCGGCCUCACAGUGAAGACGUGUCGUGAGGAGAAUGACUUCGCCUUCUCUUCCCCACACCAGCACGAGAUUAUAGGUACCAUCUACACCUGCUUGUGUCGAUCAGUCUAUUUCUAA